GGGGAGAAAGGCCUCCCGGGCCCUGUGGGGACAGCAAGACCCCCCGGCCUCCAAGGUCACACCGCACGCAGGCCUGGCUGCCGGGAAGCUGGUGACACUGAGACUGCGGGUGGGGACCUGGCCAGCCUUCCACCCACCACCCCAUCCUGACCUCAUCUGCUGCCCAGUCAUUUGGGAUGUGAGUCAUGGGAAGAGUACAGGACAAACACCUCGGGAGGAGGAAAAGGCCACUCCUGCUUCCCCCGGGGCGGGAGGUGUGCGGGCCGGGAGGUGCAGUGCCCAGCAGCCGGGCAAACAGGACCAGCCUCCAGGGACCCACGAGGUGCCGGACGCCCGGGAGAGACCCCAGACGGCCAGGGUCCCGGCUGAGGGCCCGGAUCCUGCUCCCAGGUGGCAUUUGGCCAAAUCGGGGGCCCUCUUGCAAGAGACGAAUCUGGGCAUCAGAACCCGAAUGUGAGGCACGGGCUCUUAAUCACCAUCGCGUUGGAAUCCACAUCAGAACCCCAGGCUCUGGGACGGCCCCGGGCCGCCCGGCCGGAAGGCUGCCCAAAAGAUCCAAACAUAUCACCACCCUCAGGCGUCCAGAACUCUCGGACCUGCACCUCCUGGGAAGUCCACCCGAUGGUCACGGGGCCCAGGAGCCAGCCCUUGAACCCGGGGAUUGAUUCCACUUCUUAGGCAAGACCCUUGGAUUCCUCUUCCCGUGUAACAUCCGCACAGAGAGGCGUGCUCGCAGCGCGGGGUGUCUCCAGGAGCGAGCACUCAGGUGUCUGGAUGGAGAACGCGUCUGUCAGCGACGAGUACGAGUACAGCCACUAUGACGAGGAGGUUUCGGAUUUCCCCGUGGACUGCGCCGACGGCACCUGCGACGCCCUGGGGCCCCUCCGCGUGGCCCCUCUCGUGCUGUACGCACUGGUCUUCCUGGUGGGGGUGCCGGGCAACGCCAUGGUGGCCUGGGUGAGCCGCCAAGAGGCCCGGCGGCGGGCCGGGGCCGCCUGGUUCCUCCAUCUGGCCGUGGCCGAUCUGCUCUGCUGCGUGUCCCUCCCGAUCCUGUCGGUGCCCAUCGCGCGGGGAGGCCAGUGGCCCUAUGGGGCGGUGGGCUGCCGGGCCCUGCCCGCGGUCAUCCUGCUGUCCAUGUUCACCAGCGUGCUGCUCCUGGCCGCCCUCAGCGCAGACCUGUGCCUCCUGGCGCUCCGGCCCGCCUGGUGGGCGCCCGAUCGGCGGGCGUGCCGGGUGCGGGUGGCCUGCGGGGCGGCCUGGGCCUCGGCCUUGCUGCUGACCCUGCCCUCGGCCAUCUACCGCCGCCUGCACCGGGAGCGCUUCCCCGCGCGGCUGGAGUGCGUGGUGGACUACGGCGGCUCGGCCGUGGCCGAGAACUCGGUGGCCGCCGUCCGGUUUCUGGGCGGCUUCCUGGGGCCGCUGGUGGUCGUGGCCGGCUGCCACGGCGCCCUCCGGUGCCGCGCGGCCCCGCGCCCCUGGCCGCUGGGCACGGCCGUGGCGGCGGGCUUCUUCCUCUGCUGGGCCCCCUACCACGCGCUGGGGCUGGUGCUCACCGCGGCCGCCCCGCGCUCCCGGCUGCUGGCGCGGGCCCUGCGGGCGGAGCCCCUGGUCGUGGGCCUGGCCCUGGCCCACAGCUGCCUCAACCCCGCGCUCUUCUUGUAUUUCGGGCGGGCGCAGCUCUGCCGGUCGCUGCCCGCCGCGUGUCGCUGGGCCCUGCAGGGGCCGGAGAGCCAGGAUGAGAGCGCGGUCAGCAAGAAAUCCACCAGCCACGACCUGGUCUCGGAGAUGGCGGUCUAGGCGGGAGGGGAAACCGGCGCGUCUCCUCCGAUCCCAGUUCACCAAACUGGCUUCAGGGAGAUCCAGGGGUUCAGUGCUAUCGUCAUGUAUCCCUUUAUUCACUCAACAAACGUCUCUCUCUUUUUUUUUUUUUAACAUAUUUUUUUAUUGAUUUCAGAGAGGAAGGGAGAGGGAGAGGGAGAUAGAAACAUCAAUGAUGAGAGAGAAUCAUGGAUCGGCUGCCUCCACCGCCCCCCAGGUAGGGAUCAAGCAUGCAACCCGUGCGUGUGCCCUUGACCGGGAUUGAACCCAGGACCCUUCAGC